CUUUGACCGGCGCCUGCGCAUAAAAGCUAAUAGAGGUCGACAACAAUAGUCAGACCGUCGGUCAGUCGCCAUCAAACGCGCGAGUUACCACACGUUAGCGCGCGCCAUUUUUAUUAAACCAAAAUGUUGUUUUACAUUACCGUUACUGUGCUUCUGGUUAGUGCCCAGGCCAAAUUCUACACGGAUUGUGGUUCAAAAUUGGCCACGGUACAGUCAGUGGGUGUUAGCGGGUGCGCGGAGAAUGCCAGAGAAUGCGUCCUGAAGAGGAACUCCAACGUUACCAUCAGUAUUGACUUCACUCCAACGACGGACGUGAGCGCCAUAACGACCGAGGUGCACGGCGUCAUCAUGAGUCUGCCGGUGCCGUUCCCCUUGUCGCAGCCCGACGCGUGUAAGGACAACGGACUCACCUGUCCCAUUAAGGCUGGUGUCGUAGCAAAUUACAAGACAACUCUGCCUGUUCUUAAGUCGUAUCCCAAAGUGAGCGUAGACGUCAAAUGGGAAUUGAAGAAGGACGAAGAAGACCUCGUCUGUAUCUUGAUACCGGCAAGAAUCCACUGAUUUUUAAUUAUUUAGCUUUACGUUACUUGGUGACCGGUACCGCGGUGUGAGCAAGCUAUGAUUUAAUUAAUUUAACAUUCGAUUCAGCCAGUACGCGUGAUCAGCCAGUGAAAGUAUCGAUUAUUUUUUAAAUUUAGAAUCGAUUAGUUCAAUUGCUAGAUCACUUUUUAUUGACAUUGUGAAUAUUAUGUUCCUUAUAAGAUAAUAAUAUUAUGUAUUUUGUAAUAAUAACCAAAUAAAAAAACGUCACAGUGGUUUACGUUGGCUGAUAUUUGCAUCUAUGCGUUUGCGCUUCAUUUCAGUUACAGGCGGUACGCUUACCGAUGUUUUAUUCUUACCAAAAUUAAUUAAGUACUGAUGUUUUAUAUUAUUAUUAUUAAUUAAAAGAUUAAAAAUAAUUA